CAAAUGGUUUUUCCCACAGACUGUGCAGGAGAUAGAUGAUCAAACUGGAUUCGUGCACACCGUAUAUCCAGUUUGGGAGAAAAACGGAAGAAUUAAGCAUUCCAUUUUGAGUUGGGGAAAUUUUCAUUUAAAAAAUUCAUUGGAUUAUCUGAAAAAUGCAUCAUCACAAAGCUGAAAACUGGACUGUUUUCCUUAGCUCAUGAACAGCUGACAAUGUUGAGGUGUGGAGGAUGAGCUCAGGCAAUGGGACCAGGAGGAAAGUCGGCAAGCCGCAGCAUUUCAACCAUAUGGUGGCAGUUGACCCUGAAACACUGGCUGAAAUUCAAGGUCUUUUUAUUAAAGUUAGAACCUAUGUGAAACCGUCCAAUGGGGACUGGUGUAUCCCCGAUCCGAAUGUUGCUCUCAGACACCCAGCGGAGGAGCAUUGCCGGCUGCAGGCCCUGAAGGUGUCGCUGAACGCUGUAAAAAACCAGCUCAGUGACAAGAAUGUCCAGGUCUGGCAUCAGCACACCAAUUCCACCAAUCGAGCCGGGAAGGUGAUCGUUGCCGUACGUUCUGCUGCCAACGCUGAGGUCUGCACUCAGGCCUGGUGCAAAUUCUACGAGAUCCUGGGAACCUAUAUUCUUCUUCCACAGGAGGCUCUUCAGAGUGGAGAGCUGAACACUGUCCACCUGUGUGAAGCUCCAGGGGCCUUUAUAGCCGCUCUGAACCACUACAUCAAAACCAGCGAAUCCACACGCUACUGUGACUGGAGUUGGGCCGCCAACACUCUCAACCCUUACCACGAGGCCAACGGGGGGAGCACGACCAUUGCAGAUGACCGGUUAAUCGCUAACACACUGCCCUGGUGGUUCUUUGGCUCAGAUAACACAGGAAACCUCAUGCUCCAGAAACACUUGCUGGAGCUUCAGGUGUUUGUUUCUAACAUGCGUAGAGUUGACAUAGUGACUGCAGAUGGUAGUUUUGACUGCCAGGAGAACCCGGAUGAGCAGGAGGCGCUGGUUGCGUCACUGCAUUACUGCGAGGUCACAGCUGCACUGCUGCUCCUGAGCCCUGGUGGCUCCUUUGUGCUGAAAAUGUUCACGUUAUAUGAGCACUCCUCCGUCUGCUUACUCUACUUGCUCAACUGCUGUUUCCAGUCUGUUAACGUCUUCAAACCCGCCACCAGCAAGGCAGGCAACUCUGAGGUUUAUGUUGUGUGUCUGAACUAUGACGGCAAGGAAGCUGUGCGGCCUUUGCUCUCAAAACUCAUUCGUAAUUAUGGGCCACAUCUGGCUGACCGAGAGGCACUUUUCCCAAAUGCACUUAUUCCAGAGUCGUUUCUGAGACAGCAUGAAGAAGUGUGCUCUUACUUCCACAUGCUGCAGGUGGAGACUAUUACAGAAAAUCUGCGACUGUUUGAAGGUAUCAGCACAGAGCAGAGGCAGCGGCUCGACCACAUCAGGGACUGUACGGCUCACGAAUACCUGCAGCGAUUCCAGGUGAGCUUCCUCCCACGGAGCCGAUGGAUCUCCCGUAACACGGUGAGUCCCGCCUGCUGCAGCGUCUCAGCGGGCCGACCUCUGGGGCAGACGAAGCAAACAGGCUCCUUUAAUGAGCGGCGGGAGCUGCAGACCCUGACCUGGAGGGAGCGUAUCAAGCGGGGUUACCAUGCCACCUGGAUACAGAGACACUGCACUGAGGCCGGUGGGACAGGCUGCGUGUUGGAAGGCCCCCUGUCCGAGUGUCACGUGGAUUCAUGGUACGUUAUCGUCGGGGCGGCACUGCCUGCACUCAGAAACUCUCCGUUCUGUGAAGGAGGCCUAUUAAACCACCUGAAUGAAGCCCUGAUAGACACAGUAGUAGACUGGACUCGUGUACCUCCCUGUGACUCUUGCCAUGUGGUUUGCACAGCCUCCAUCUUGUCCAGCGUUGCAGGUAUUUGCGUCUUCAAAGGCGACAGUGAUGGGAACAACAAGAAGAGGCAGUGUAUGGUGUUUGGCAGCCGCUCAGUGUGGGGUGCCUGUGAGAGCCAAAUUGGGGAUUUAGUCUUAACAUUUUCUGCAGAGCCUUCAUAUCCUCAAAGAGGCUGCAUCACACUGCACGAUGGGGAGCCGCUGUACCAGCAGCAGCUCUUAGGCUGUGUUGUGUUUUCCCUGCAGACCCUGAACUCGGGGGAUGCUCUGCUGCUGCCUGUGUUUUCUGCCCUCACCCGUGUCACAGCAGCUGUUGUGCUCUGCCUGCAUGUGUGUUUUCGCUCAGUGACGUUCAGGUGUCCGCCCGCCUCUGGCGUAGUCGGGACAUUGCUUGUGUGUGCUGGCUUCUGCCCUGAAGCUGCUGCUCGAAUACUCCCUUUUCUCACUGACGUCCAUGACUGCAUGAGUCAGCUGUUAAGAGGAGAGGAGGAUAAAAGUCAGUCUUCUGGCUGGGACAGACAGGUUCUGCAGUUUGUUCCCAUGGAGGAGCUGCUCACUGGGGGACUGACAGAGUUCCUGUGGACCAUGAACUCUGAAAUUAUCCAACAAAAGCUGCAUCUGCUCAUGCAGUCAUAGUGCAGGUUAUAGGGGCUGUGACUCUCAGACAUAUGCCAUUGCUUCAGGACAGGUUUCAGUAUGUUGAAGUCUAAUGAUGGUGAUCCCCAGCAGAGAUGAUCCCCAGCAGAGAUGGUCUCAACUGAAGUUUUCAAUGCUGUUUAUUUGUUAAGGAUGUUGUUUUUUUCCUCCAGUUCUUGUAAUGAAGUGUCGUAUACAGUACCAAGGGCUACUUCAUGGACUCACUGUAAUAGUGUAAAAAUUAAAAUCUCUGACUGUUUACUUUUAUUGGAUGGUGUCAUGCAGGCAAACUUUGAAAGGGCACUAAUUCUUUUAAAUUAGCAUACUUACAUGGUUUGUCUACUAGAGAGCACUGACUAGUUUAUUUUUCAACCGGUAAAAUGUCCUGUUCAAUACAUAUCCUAGUCACAAAUAUUUUUCACCAAAAUUUGAGGGAUCUUUGUUAAAGAUUUGUCAUUAUUUGAUGUUUAUCAUAAAAAAAAAAAAUUUUGCUAAUGUAUCCUUAUAAGACUACCAUUAAACAUCAAAAAUCAAUCAUCAGUAUUGGCCUAAAAAGAUUGUUGUUCGGUCUCUUUACAAAAUGCACCCUUUUUAUGAUAUGUAUCUCUCUGAAGAUGUUUUUCUUAUUUAACAGCUAAAGACAAAUAACCUGCAAAAUGGUUAGUACAUUCGUCAGGACACAUCUAUCACAUAUAGUCAGUUUUUUGGAGGCCUUACAUCAAUUGUUUAAAAGCACUCAUAAUUGUUCCAUCAUGUAUUUAUCAACAGACGCAACAAGAUAAAUUUAAAAUUCAAAUUUAAAAAUGCAGAUAAGAGCCUGACCGAUAUUGGAAUUUUGAGUUGAAUGCCUCUAUUGAUAUUUCAGAAUUAAAAAAAAUCCAAUAACAGUAUAUUGUUAUUGGUAAGCUGAAAAAUAAACUUGUCAGUGCUGUCAAAUUGUAUAAUGGUGACACUAUUUCUAAACUUCAUAUAUGCUGAUAUAUCACCAGUUAGUUCUCAGUUAGUUAGUUCAAAAGGAUCUUAGUUCUUAUUUUAGUUCUGCCAAUUGAAGUGUGCUGCGGAUACAGCAACCAACGACCUGCAGGCGAGAACAGCACUGUCUGAUGAUACAAACUGGCAGUGCAUGAAAAUGCAUGAUUGCCUUCAGAACUAGAUCAGCGGAACUCAUCCGUGCCUAAAUUUACUGAGGCUUUUGGGGAGUUUGGAUAAACAACGGUCCAACCCUCAGCACCAGACCUCCUGUCAGUCACAGCUGCUUUGUGUUGAAAUCCAUGUUAGCACAGAGCCUGGGGUUUACCCUAAAGUGCCUGUUGUCUUUAACAACACAUUAUUUCAUCCCAGGAUGUUGGGGAUUGUUUUUUAAUCUUUAAGCCAUCAUGCAGCCUGUAGCCAACUUACUGUAAAGUUUCUAUCCUAAUAUGAAAGGACAGUGUGAGUGCACUAAAAUCUUGUACACUGCAUGGUCUCUACAAUUAGGGAGCGAUUGAAAAAAAGAAACAUACAUAUAUAUACACAUUAGCUUUAAGAAAAAUAUGCUGUUUUUGUUUAUUUGUAGUUUUUUAAAAUUAUUUUGUUCUGGUUUUUAAUAUCAGUUUGAUGUUACUGAAGAGAUUAUUUUCAUACAAAAAUAACAAUUAUGCAAUUUGCACUGAUAAAUGAUAUGAAGUCAAAGUUUUCUGUUCUUUGAAGAAGCUGAAAUGUCACAACAGCUUCUAACCCUGUGAAAAUGAGGAAAUUUGCAUAUUGGUCGCUAUUGGGGCGAGCCUGGUGUCCCUACAGAAAGUCUUUGUUUGCUCAAACAUGCUUUGAAAUCACGCAAAAAAAGAUGAAUUUGCCUUCUCUGAAAUAAAGACAACAUGCUGUGGUUAAAAAAAAAAAAAAAAAGGUUUGUUU